UUUACCGUGCGACGUUACUUUGCGAAGCAGCGCCGUUUGCGUGAAGAUAUCACGCUAGCUGCUGGUUUGUUAUUUUUGUGAACUCGGUGUUAGUCUGGACUGUUUUCGCAUCUGGAGCACGUCCUGCCCGCGAGAUGAUUAACUCAGAGAGGGGAGCCACCAAUGCUGCGGCAGCAGAGCCCAGCGACAAGAAGGAGAUGGAAAAGAAGAAGAGGUCCCGAGUCAAACAGCUGCUCAGUGAGGUGAAGAAACAAGUGGAAUUCUGGUUUGGCGACGUCAACCUGAGCAAGGACCGCUUUCUGAAAAAGCUCAUGGAGGAAUCUGACCGUGGAUAUGUUGAUAUAUCUGUGUUGGCAAGCUUCAAUCGAAUGAAGCAGCUGACAACUGACACAAAGCUCAUUGCCAGGGCGCUAAAGAAUUCAUCUGUAGUUGAGCUCAACCUCGAGGGAACUAAAGUAAGGCGUCAGCUUCCAAUUGGGAAACUACCGAAUGAUGUGGACAGCCGCACGGUUUACGUGGAACUUUUGCCAAAGGAUGUGACGCACAGCUGGAUAGAAAGAGUGUUCACAAAAUGUGGAAAUGUGGUUUAUGUCAGCAUCCCCAGAUACAAGUCCUCCGGGGACUCCAAGGGUUUUGCCUUUGUCGAGUUUGAGAAAGAGGAGCAAGCACAGAAAGCUAUAGAGAUGCUGAACAAUCCUCCUGAAGAUGCUCCCAGGAAACCAGGGAUUUUCCCCAAGACGUUGCACAGGAAGCCAAUUUCUCUCUCAGCUGACAAUCCAGCAUCUCGGAUAGGUGAAGAAGAAGAGAAGAAGAAGCGAAAGAAGAAGAAAAGGAAAGAAGGUGCCACGGCACAGGCGCCCGCAGAGGAAGUCAAAGAGCAGGCGAUGGAAGCGGAGGCGGCUGAGCAAAAGAAAGAUUUUGACCCAGAGGCCACCGGCGCUCACAAGACACCAAGCAAACUGUCAGAGAAGAAAAGACGGCGGUCACAUACGGCGGAGGGAUCGGAGAGCGAUGUACCAUCGAAGAUAAGAAAAACCAGCGAAAGUGAAGGUGGGGAGAGGGAGAAAGACGGAGCACGGAGUAAGUCGCCCACUCAGAGGGACGCAGCGCAGGCUGUUGAGAAGGGCAAAGAAAACAGAGACGACUCAACAGUUAAAGCAAAAAGGAAGAGAAAAAAGAAGCACAAAGAGAAACUGAAAAUUGGGGAAGAAGUGAUUCCACUCCGGGUGCUUUCAAAGAAAGACUGGCUUGGAUUAAAGCAGGAGUACCUGACCUUGCAGAAAAGCAGUAUGUCAGCCCUGAAGAAGUGCAUGACUAAAAUAAAUGACAAGGAGCACAAGAUGAUGGAGACAGAUGGUGACCCUCGGGAUGCAAAUGUUGAUGAGAAUAACAAAAGUGAAAAGGCAGCUAAGCAAGGACCUCAGUUUGUCAGUGGGGUCAUCGUGAAGAUUACAGACAACAAGCCGCUACCAGGGAGGAAAAUAAUCAAGGACGCGCUGUGUAAAAUUUCUCCAGUGGCCUAUGUUGACAUCUUGGAAGGAGACGCUGAGGGACACAUUCGCUUUCACAGCCCAGAGGAAGCGAGAGCAGUCAGCGACGUCAGAGCAGAGCUGCAGAAAGAGCAUAGCUGGAAGCUGGAGAUCCUCACAGGUGACCAUGAACAAAGGUACUGGCAGAAGAUCCUCGUGGACCGCCAGGUCAAACUGAAUCGUCCAAGGGAAAAGAAGCGGGGUACAGAAAAGCUCAUAUCCAAAGCCGAAAAGAUCAUCAUCGCCCGCGCCAAGGAGGCUAAUAAGCACAUCCACUUCGAUGACGACUGACAGCUACUGAAAUGAGUUUUUAACAGCCGAGCGAGGCUCUACUCUGUAAACUUAACAUGAUGUCAUUUAAAGAGGACUGCUGAUGUUGGUGUGUACCUGGAAGAAAGUGAACAGACCCUCAUAAAGAAGAUUAAAGGAAUAGCCUUUAGCUUUGUUGUUGUUUGUUUUAGUUUAGUUUUUUUCUGGCACUGGAGCAGGUAAUGUCAUGUGGAAUACAGACAUUUUGGCACCAUACUUUUAAUUGAUGGACUUUAAAAAGAGAAAAAGAUUCUGUAUAGAUGUAAAUAUAACUGAGUUGGAAGUUCUCUCAGUUAAGACAUUGCCUUGUGUUAUUUUUUAAUAAAAUGUCAUUUCAUGAUUA